AUGACGUUCAUCCUUCGUCGCAGUAUGUCCUUCAUAAACCAUACACGUCAAUUCAGUAGUUUACGUGAACAAGCUGUUCGUAUAAUGACUGGCAAGAUUCGUGCAGAUUUGGAGACAAAUCCGAGUCUAUGGCUUAGUGCUUCGGCUGUAGAUGAACCUACUGUCUCCAUUUUAGACCCAGCACCUGGUUAUGCACUUCCAAGUUCCAAGCAGCUCCAUCAGAAUCUGAGUCAACACUUUGACUCACUUAAAACGGAUGUGAAUGUGCAACCUACUUACCUCUCAAGAGAUCCGAGUACAUUAGUAGACCCUUUUACGCUCGUGGAGCAGGAUAUGGUGAGCGUUACGGACAGCAUCAAACGAAUCUUGGGCUCAGAUCAUCCCGUUCUGACGGCAGUAGCUCGCUACUUUUUUGAACAUGACGGCGGCAAGAAGGUGCGUCCAACUAUGGUACUACUAAUGGCACGAGCUGCAGAAGCUCAUCGUCGUGCUAUUGGUACUCCACUGCCGGACACGCAGUCCGAGGAGUACACGCACGCAGCACAGCAGCGACUGGCUGAGAUCACUGAGAUGAUCCACACGGCUAGUCUGAUGCACGACGACGUCAUUGACGAGGCCGAUACACGCCGUGGUCGUCCAUCCGUGAACAAGAUAUUUGGGGCCAAGAUGGCUGUGCUGGCCGGUGACUUCCUGCUGGCACGUUCGUCAGUGUCGUUGGCUCGCCUGCGCAACUUGGAAGCCAUUGAACUGAUGUCUACAACGAUUGAGCAUUUAGUACGAGGUGAGGUCAUGCAGAUGAAGAACGCCGACGCUCAUGGCGACAUCUCUCCGUUCGAGUACUACCUGCGCAAGAAUUAUUACAAGACAGGUUCCCUCAUGUCCAACAGUUGUAAGGCCGCGCUCGCGCUAGGCAAGCACGAAAAUCACAUUUGCGAACUGGGUUUUGCAUUUGGUCGCCACAUUGGUCUUGCCUUUCAGUUGAUAGACGAUGUGCUGGAUUAUGAGGGUGUGAACACAGGUAAGCCGUUGCUAGCCGACCUUAGAUCUGGUCUGUCCACGGCUCCACUGCUGCUCGCACAAGAGGAAUUUCCGGUUCUGCGUGAGCUAUCCAAGCGAAACUUUGCCAAGGACGGCGACAUCGAGAUGGCCAGUGAGCUGGUGGAGAAGAGUACAGGUAUCGCACGAUCCAAAGCAUUGGCCAUUGGCCAAGCAGAGUUAGCAGCACAAGUAGUCAUGCAACUUGCUCCUUCACCCGAGCGGGAUGCCAUGGUGCGACUGGCACAGCUGGUGGUGUUCCGAUCCAAAUAG